UGUCUCCAGGGCAGGCAGAGACACCUGAGGACACCUGAGCUGCAUUUCCUUCAAGAUCCUCCAGCACUGAAAGGAUCAGGGGAGGCGUGUCCUGGCUCAGGGGGAGGAGAGGAACGUCAUACCUGUGUCAAUAGGUAACUCUUUGCCCAUGAUUUGUCAGCAUCACACCAGCAAGGAACAGCUCGGGAAGGAAAUUACUGAAGAUACGGGUGGAGGGAGCACAGAUUCAGAUUCCACGGCCUGAAAUCACCCAAGUUAGUCCAUAUCGGAUGGCUGGCAGAGAUUAUCGAUGGAAGUCACCAUCACCCCCAUACUUUGAAAAUUAUGGCUUCCAGCAGGACAAUAAUAAUGCCUUCAGUCGUCCAGUCCAGCCCAAUUUUUAUGAAGCCUUUCAGCCACCCAGACCCCAACUCUCUCCAGCGCCACACUAUAUCCCCCAAGUAUCUACAAUUCACUCCGUGCCAGCCAUUAAUGAACACAAGUCCCAGACAUGGUGGACUCCAAGAAGAAAAAAAAUUGCAUGUAUUGUAGCUGCCACGAGUGUGCUCAUUGCUCUGCUGAUCGUUGGGGCGGUGCUCUGCUGGUACUUUGUAACAAUGAGUUGCCAGAUGAAAUGUGGUACAAGCGGAAGCUGUGUGCGCUCAAUCCAGUGGUGCGAUGGGGUCGCCCAGUGUCCAGGUGGAGAGGAUGAAAGCUAUUGUGUUCGAAUGUAUGGACCUGAUUUCCAGCUGCAAGCCUAUAUUCCAGCAACUUCAUCCUGGCUGUCUGUGUGCAACGAGAACUGGGGUGACUCCCAGGGGAGAAGCGUGUGCCAGGACAUGGGAUACAGCACUUAUGUUAAAAGCAGCUCUGUGAGUGCCACAUCUGCCACCGAGGGAUAUCUCAAGCUCAAUACCAGUGUGGUUAAUGGCAAGCUACAGAGCAGAAUUUACAAGAGCUCCUUCUGCACAUCUGGAGUGGUCACAUUACGCUGUAUAGAAUGCGGCUCCUCUACAAAGAAUGUGGAGAACAGGAUAGUGGGGGGUUCUCAGGCAUCACUGGGAGACUGGCCGUGGCAAGUGAGUCUUCAGUACAAUGAGAGGCAUGUCUGCGGCGGCUCCAUAAUUACAUCCAACUAUAUACUCACUGCUGCACAUUGUGUGGAGGGCGCGUAUUCAUCUCCAUACGCAUGGACGGUUUAUGUUGGAUCCAUCUCCAGAAGCACAGCCGGAAUCCGAUAUUAUGUGAAAUCUGUGAUUGGGCACCAGAAAUAUGAUACAAAGACAAAGAACAAUGACGUUGCCCUGAUGAGGCUGAAAAUUUCCAUAUUAUUUUCCUCUACAGUGCAACCCGUGUGCCUCCCCAAUGCAGGGAUGCCUUGGGCAUCUGGCCAGUCGUGUUGGACCUCUGGAUGGGGAGCCACCUAUGAAGGAGGCACAUCGAGCAAUGUUCUGAAUGCGGCUAUGGUUCCCUUGAUAGACGCCGACACAUGCAACAGACCCGCUGUGUACAAUGGAGCAGUCACUUCCACCAUGAUAUGCGCAGGUUACCUCAGAGGAGGCAUAGACAGCUGCCAGGGCGACAGCGGAGGUCCUUUGGUCACCAAAACAAACUCCCUCUGGUGGCUGGUUGGGGACACAAGCUGGGGAACUGGUUGCGCCAAUGUGAACAAGCCUGGCGUGUACGGAAACAUUACAGAGUUUCUGCCAUGGAUAUUCCUACAGAUGCAGACCUACGGAUAAAGGAAAACCUCAGAAUGGUGGGGAAUAAAAUAAAAGGCUAUAAAUGUAUUGACCCUAGUUUUUUUUUUAAUGCUUUUCCCAGUGGAGGACAUCGGAAGACGAAAGGACUUAAUAUAUUUUUUAAUAGUGGUCCCUUUUUCUGUGUUUUUUACUUUUCUGUCGGGAGGGGUUGGAAGAAGCAUCUGCAACUGAUCACUCAUCAGCAAUGUCGCUCUUGUGCUCACGUGCAAUGAUUGUCUAUAUCAAAACAGCACAUUGUUGACGACACCAGUUUACCCACAAGGUAUUUAAGUGUUUUGACAUCUCUUGGUGAUGUUACGACUGGCAGUUCAAGCAGUCCUGCAAUUUCUCGGGGAAAGCACUGCUACUUUUUUGUAAAUGUAAAUAGUUGUAAAUAUUGUUUUAUUCAUGUCUGGUUUUAUUUUAUAACUUUCUUUACUUAAACCUCACAUAAAGAAGUGCUUAUGUAAAAAAAUACUCGGUGCAUAAAUCGACAAACAAGGCAAAUGCAAUGCAUUUGGUCCUAAUUUGCACUCAUCUAUACCCGUGCUGGGAACCAAACUGCCCGUUGUGAUUACUUGUUGCAGAAGAGACAGUCACUGACCUUGUACCACCUGCAUUGCAUUCAAUCCAUCUCAAGUUGUGACCAUUUGUGCACCAAUUGUCUCAAAUCAUUGCACCUUAUGUUUACACUUAUUGCACUGGAAUUCGGGCAGUUUUUUUGCACUUUGAGCACCAAUGAGCCCAUUGGUAUAUCAUCUUGUUCUACUCAUGUUCUGGGUUUCUAUUCUACCCUGCCCAGACACCACAGCUCAAGGACAAGGACGAUAGUAUAACUGGGGGAGCAAAGUUGUACUUCAAAAUCAAACCCUGGCCCAGUGAUCUUCUUCUUCUAAAAAUGCACUAGCCUGGAGGACAUUUCUUAAGGUGGCCAUAGACUCCAAGAUCCGCUCGUUUGGCGACAUCGCCAAAUGAGCGGAUCUUUCCCCGAUAUGCCAUUAA